AUGACGGCAAACGAGGAAUCGUGGGACCUCGAUACCGAUGAGAUUCGCUCCGUCGACUCUGAAGAGCUUUAUGAGACGAGACCCAAUCGCUGGAGGGGCAACAAGGCGACAUGGAGCAGCUACACGCAGGAAGAGCGACUGCUCCACCGGUCCAUGGAGCAACUCCGGAAUCGCGACUUAUCAGUGCACCUGUAUAACGCGUUUGCGCUCCGAAAUCGUGCUUUGCGCCCAAGCGCUGCGGCAGAGCCUAAUGAAGCAGAUAUUGACAGACCGCUGGAGGAAAUCGUCGACAGUGGCGAAUGGCGCCCGUCGAAUCUAUGGACGGCAUGGCCCAUGAACUCACGCAUCGUGCCCGGCGACGACUUUUUAAAGGAAACCCACGAUGAGGACGACGACUUCACCACACGAUCCAGGAAGGAACAGCUCCCCAGCACAGCAUUAGAAGAAGAGAUGACGGCUACGAUUCUCCGCCAGGCAAAGGAGCGCUUCCUUCGCCGGCAGCGCAAGGUUCGAGAGCGAGACCAAACUGCGAGGACACGGAAUGAAUCUGCCCACGAGAGGACGAUGGCAUCUUCCGCGUCUGCGCUUUCGUCCGCGGCCGACGACGACGACGACGACAAUAAGGAAAAAGGAGGGGGAAACGCCCCUCCUCCAUCCGGACAAGGCGCGCAAGCGGGUGUGUCCGAUGUAGAGGUCGAAAAGCCGAAGCGUAGCAAGACAUACGAGCCAGUCGUCUCCGCCAACGACGACCUCUCCGCCAACCUCCUCCGCCCCUCUGUCCGUCACAUCCUGUCUACCCUCGACAAUACCCUCACAGUCCUCCACAACUCCCGCCUCGCCGGCCUCAGCUACAUGACCGACUCGUCCGCCUCCGCUACCGACGUGGAAGACGCCUCGGACGCAGCUAGCGUUUCGUCCGCGGCGUCACGGGCGUCUUCUUCGGCGUCGAAGCGUAGGAAGAAGGGCCGGCCUCGGAGCAAGGCGCCCAGAACCCCGGAGCCCGAGUGGACAAGGGCUCUCGAAAGGAGAGGUAGGCCGAAGAAGGUGGCCGUUCCGCUGCCUGGGGAGACGGAGAAGGAGAUGAAGAUCCGAAUUGCGAGGUCACAAAAGAAGCGGAUCCCGUUCUCGUCUGACGAGGAGGACGCAGCUGCUGGCGAGACGGAAGCAGAGGACGGUGUGAAGAAGACCGAAGGAUCGGGAGAGGAGACGCCGAGAUCAAGAUCGCCGAGGAAGAAGCGUGAUUUGCCAGCCGAGGCUCGCGCCGAGGCCAAGAUCAAGGCCCGGGAGACGAUGCUCGGGAACUGGGGUCUGCGAGAUUGGAGCGACGUCAUCGGCGCGGCGUCGCUCUCCGGCUUCAAGCCCGACGUCGUCGCCAGAGCGGCGCAGCGGUGCGCCGAUUUAUUCGGCCAGGGGAUGGAGAUGCAGACUCUGUUCGAGGGGUCUGCGUCAAAGGGGCCGAAGCCGCAGACGAGGCGGUAUAUCCCCGGAGGGGGCAGCAGCAGCAACCGCCAUGGAGGAAGAGCCGGCCCCUACGCGGCGGCAGAAUCCAGCUCAGAAGACUCAGACAACGAGAGACCUGCUGCGAAAACACGCCGUUUCGGCGCAUCGUCUCGACAGAAUAGUCUAGCACGCGACAGCAUCCCGCCGAGCGACUCUGACGCCGCGGCACGAGGACGGAGUACAGGGGCAUCAGCAGCAGUGGCGGCGCGACGGUCACGAAGCGCAUCCCGCGCGUCCUCUGUGGGGCUAUUCUUCUGUCCCGUGGCAGGCUGCGAUCGCUCGUUGGAGGGGUUCGGACGGAGGGCGAAUCUGCAGCGGCACAUGGCGACGAUGCAUCCGGCUCGAGUGGGGGAUAUCGUGGGCGGCGGCAGCGACCGCUUCGAUGUGGAGAGCGAGGACGAGAUGGAUGGGGCUGUGCACGUUGACGGGUUCCUGAAGCCUAUCCGUCCAAGGAAGGGGUGGAGGGCCGAGGAUACGGGGAAGAGGAAGCGCAAGAGGCAUUAUCGGGGGCGGAAGAUGGACGGGAGUGAUGGUGGGAGUGGUGUUGAGGAGGCUGUGUUGGAUUCUACGUGA